AUGGUGAUUGUAGAAAUUGGACCUAUCAUAGAAGAGAAGGGGCGGAGUUCUCUGAGGGUAGAAGAUGACUUUUGUGAGAAAACGGGCACCUUCCUUGGGACUAUCCAGAGAAUUAUCUUCCCUCUCACCUUCCUCUUCAUCCUCGUGGUGGGAUUGUCCCUGAACCUCGCCGUCAUGUGGAUCCUGGUCGCUCGGAUCAAACGUUGGAACAGAAGCACCAUCUUCCUCUUCAACCUGGUCCUCGCCGACGUCACUUGGGUCCUUUGCCUCCCUUGCUUGAUCUACUACCACUUCAACCACCUCCACUGGAUCUUCGGCGACGCCGUCUGUAAAAUAACCAGGACCAUUUAUCACACCUGCUAUUACUGCAGUAUCUAUUUUGUCACCUGCCUGAGCAUCGAUCGGUACCUGGCCAUCGUACAUCCUCUCAAGUCUUUGAGGAUCCUCAAGAAGCGCCAGUCCUUGCUUAUCUGUGUGACCAUUUGGAUGGCCACGUCCAUCAGCAGCUUGCCUGUGACCUUCUUGGCCGGGACUCAAGUCUGCGAGAACAAUAAAACGAUCUGCUCCCUCUACGUGUUUUCUGUCAAGACGCACGUCACGUUGCCUUACUCUUUAAUUUCGACCGCUGUUGGGUGUCUUCUACCCUUCGCCUCCAUAUGCUACUGCUACUGCAGCAGUGUCGGAGAACUAAGGCGGAUUGAACUGCAAAGAAGGAAGAAGAGAAGUCUGUUGACCAAACUCAUGUGCUCGGCGCUGGUCAUUUUUGGUCUUCUCUACCUCCCUUAUCACGCCUCCCGGAACUCCUGCAUUAUUUUUCGAAUGUUAAAAAUGUCGGUGGCCAUCGAGAGGGCGGAUGCCCUGUUCUUCAUGGAGAUGGCCGUGUGCAGCCUGAACACCUGCAUCAACCCCCUCUUCUGUUUUCUUGCUGGGGGGGACUUUCGGGAACAAGUUUGCCAAAUACUGAACUCCAUCCCACACGUCAAGAAAUGGAGGCUCAGGAACAGGAGGACAGUUUGCCCGAUAUAAAACUUUCUUUGGGCAAACACUGCGGGGUAAAGCCAAGGCUGGGGCUCGCCGGACCCCCAGAUGUUCUGUUUCCACCAGAAGUGGCCUGUUUUGGAGCUAAACAUUUGGAGUUCAUCAAUGUAGUAUCAGGG